AUGACAACAGACGAGGCGGAAAGUCACAAGAAGCCAGGACAACAGGAGGAGUCUGGCCAGGAUGCCCGGCCGCCCUCUCCAGAGGAUGAGCAGCUCCGGCCACGAAACCGCAACUCUGCUGGCCGCGGCCUCUCGCGCCUUUUCUCCUCCUUCCUGAAGAGGCGUUCGCAGUGUGAGAGUGAGGGGGGAGAGAAGGGGGACAAGGAGGAAGAGGAAGCCAAAGCCCCCAUCGCCGACCCCGAACCUGAGCUGAGGACAGAGGGAGAGGUUGCCCUGGACCAGCACUCAGUAAGCAGCGCUGAGGUUCAGGUCGUCCAGACAGAGAAGAAGGAAGCCGAGCAGGAGACAGCUGGAAAGGAGAAGGCCAACGAGGAGAAGGGAGAGGAGGUGGCGCUGGAGAAGGACGAGGACAAAGACAAGGGGAAGGAGGAGGGGAAGGACUCUGGCCUGGAAGGAGGAAGUACAGGAGACAAGGAGGAGAAGACGACAGACGAAGAGGUCAAAACCUCCAGAGCUCCGCGGCGACCCAAGACCAUGCAAGUUAAAGUCACGCUGCUGGAUGACACUCUGUUUGAGUGUGAGUUGGAUAAACAUGCCAAAGGCCAGGAGCUCUUCAUGAGAGUGUGUGACCAUCUCAACCUGCUGGAGAAAGACUAUUAUGGGCUGGCCAUCUGGGAGACGACAACCAUGAAGACUUGGAUGGACUUGACCAAGGAGAUCCGUCGGCAGGUGCAAGGUGCCAACUAUAAUUUCACUUUCAAUGUAAAAUUUUAUCCACCGGACCCGGCCCAGCUCUCAGAGGACAUAACGAGGUACUACCUGUGUCUCCAGCUGCGAAAAGACAUCCUGCAGGGCCGCCUUCCCUGUUCCUUUGUUACGCUGGCUCUGCUGGGCUCCUAUGCCCUGCAGUCGGAGAUAGGCGAGUACGACCCAGAGGUGCACGGUACCGAAUACGCAAAGGACAUGAAGAUGGCCCAGGGUCAGACCAAGGAGCUGGAGGACAAAAUGAUGGAGCUGCACCAGACGUACAGGUCAAUGAGUCCAGCCCAGGCAGACCUGAUGUUCCUGGAGAACGCCAAGAAACUGUCCAUGUAUGGAGUGGACCUUCACCAAGCAAAGGAUCUGGACGGUGUCGACAUCAUGCUCGGGGUUUGCUCUAGUGGCCUGAUGGUCUAUAAAGACAAGCUGAGGAUCAACCGUUUCCCCUGGCCCAAAGUCCUCAAGGUCUCCUACAAGCGGAGCAGCUUCUUCAUAAAGAUCCGACCGUCUGAGGUGGAACAGUAUGAGAGUGCCAUUGGCUUCAAGCUACCCAACUACAAGGCUGCCAAGAAGCUGUGGAAAGUGUGUGUAGAGCAUCACACCUUCUUCAGGCUAACUUCAACGGAGAUGGCCACCACGCCCAGGAAGUUCCUCGCCCUGGGCUCUAAGUUCCGGUACAGCGGUCGGACCCAGGCUCAGACCAGACAGGCCAGCUCGCUCAUCGACAGACCAGCUCCUCUGUUCCAGCGCUCGUCCAGCAAGAGGAACUCACGCAGCCUUGAUGGAGCGAUGGCGUCCACUCCCGACAACAAAUCCACCCGUCCGGUCAGCGCCCCCGUCAUGUCGCCGGUGUCUCCCGGGGAGGCCACCCCGUCGCCGCUGCUACCCAUGCUGUCUCGCUCCGACCACCACGAUGGCUCCACGCCAAAAGGCCACCGCUACGCAGACAGGAAGGCAGAGUUUAAGGUGGAUUGUCUGCCGGCCGAGUACACCAAGAGCCACAGCCCGAAACCAGAGUUCACUCCAGACAUCAAGCUCAAUCCUAAAGGGUUGGCAUGCACUAUUUUCCUCUCUGACUCUCAUGACGUGGAUAAGACCCAAACAGAGAUCAUGCGCCACCACACGAGCAUCAGUGAGCUGAAGAGAAGCUUUAUGGAGUCGGUACCAGAGCCGCGGCCCAGUGAAUGGGACAAGCGUCUUUCCACCAACUCGCCUUUUCGCACCGUGAGCAUCAACGGCCAGCUUCAACCAGCGUCUCCGGUGCUAAAGACCCAGACAAUCACCAUCUCAGACAUCACCAACUCCCUAAGAGGAACUGUGACCUACAAGGACAUCCCCUUAGUUCACACUGAAACCAAGACCAUCACAUAUGAGUCAGCACAGCCGGUGGACAGCCUGGCAGAGAGGGAGUCAGGAGUUCUUCUCAGUGCCCAGACCAUCACCUCCGAGACCAUCAGCACCACCACCACCACCCAGAUCACCAAGACGGUGAAAGGAGGGAUCUCUGAGACUCGCAUUGAAAAGAGAAUCGUCAUCACCGGAGACACCGAAAUCGAUCACGACAAGGCUUUGGCUCAGGCCAUUAAAGAGGCAAAAGAACAGCACCCAGACAUGUCUGUUACCAAAGUGGUUGUGCACCAGGAAACAGAGAUCACCCCAGAGUAG